AUGUACUCUCAAUCUUUCAAUCUACUACAAAUAUCUAACGCAGAUGUUGGAUACAACAAGGCGACGUCUCAAAGUAGCAGCAUGGACAUUGGUAUUGUGCUGUGCAAUCAUCAUGUUCCUGAUUUUCGUGCCUAUGAAGCUCUACAUCACGAGCAGUACAAGCUGGAUCGAAGCCAACCCUAUGGUAUCGAAAUUCUGGCUGGAUCCAUGUUUGGUAUCGUUCUCGGUGCGUUGCUUUGUGUCAUUGGCAAGACCAUUGGUCAGUUAUUCGCAUUUUUAGCGGCUAGUUUCUUCGGAAAGAACCGUAUCAGCAUCUACAUGAAGACGAACUUUCCCACUUUUGCGGCCUUGACAGUGGUGUUGCAAAACUCAAAUUGGAAAGUACUACUGUUGAUUCAAGUUGCAAAUGUACCGCAUCUCGUCAAGUGUUUUGGAUUAGCCAUCACUGAUAUCUCAACGUACAAGUUCGCUGUAUCUUCAGCUCUAGGUGGCCUCCCGUACGCUAUUUUAUGGACGUAUAUUGGGUACCAUAGCAAGAAUCUGAUCGCUCACGAUGAAGCUGUAACGUUAAGUAAUACAUCGUUCCAGGAUCGGAUAUUAAUUGGUGCUGGAGGCACCAUUUUAACGAUACUAGGUAUGUGGUGGCUUAUGGUUUACACAAAAAAGCAAUUGCGCAUAGAGCUAUUGCAAGUGAAGCAUCUGCACUCCACCGGCAUAAAUAGCACAGAUAAGUGCAUUACCAUUGUUUCCUCGUAG